AUGACCACCCAACAACAAAGGCAGUUCCUUAAUCUUUGGGCCAGGGUCACUUUUGCGAAGCUGUUCAUCUUGGGCACCUUCUUCCUUCCAAAGGCACUUGCCAAUUAUCACACCCCGCUACCAGACGCAGCACCUACUAUCGAUGUCAAUUCACUCCUCCAACACACAACAUCCAGAAACCAAAAGGUGAUCACACAAGCUCUUGGAAUCGUAUCGUCCAUGCAGAAUGCACCUACAUGCACCCAGAUGGCCGCUUCGCACCUGAUGAACGAAUGCAAACUACUGGAGCAUGCGCCCGAGUUUACGAAAAGUCGACCGGAGGCAUACCUUGAUAAAGUCAAAAUAGAAUACGCAGCCAAGCUAGCUGUUUGCGAACUACUCAGCACUCAACCAGUCAAUUCAGUUGCGCCACCGCAUUGCGACAUACUCGUUCCAGCUGCUAAGCAUUGUGACAAAGGCGGUAGCUGGUGGCAUGCUCGACCAGCGGUGGUAACUGAAGACAGGCAGUGCUACCCUAAGUUCAAGGAAUACCAGUAUAUGCAAUGCCUCAAAAGCCUCCAAUCAACGCCUCAGUACUGGACGUCAUUUAGCAAUGCCCGUCAGAAUGCAGUUGUCAUGUGUCAAGCAAGUAGAGACGCCAUUGAACGAGAAAACCACUUGGAAGUUUUCAAAAACCUGACCAAGGUUGUUGGUGGUGUUACUGAACACAUCCAUAAGACAACAGUAGAAUACGAAUAUCUGAUCCGCGAACAGAGGCAGUACGCUGAGGAAGCGCGGAACUCGCACGAAGAGCUUAAAGAAGACAUCCAGGCGGUUCGAACGACAGCAGUUGCAACGGUGGAGGCGAUAGACAACAAAUUCCACGCCUUUAUGGAGUCUUCGAUCUCGAACCUCAUAGUAGCGCUGGCUACCAGUCAGAGCAAAGAGAUUGAUCAGAUACAUGAGAGAAUGUAUGAGUUCUCGCAACAGUUGAUGUCGGAGAGUUCACAGCUUGCUAAUUACUUCAACGACCAGCUGCAGCAAUACCAUGAAGGUGCUCUGUCUAGUCUACAAUCCCAUCACGAAGCACAGGUGCGCAGCUACGUGGUCUUGUCAAACCACAUGGGUGUUACCCAAGACACCAUCAACAAGACAAAUCAAGCCGCCGACCGCUCUCUCUCCAAAAUCGACAGCAUCGCCCAGCGACUUGACAUCUUUGAAUCACAAACUAAGCACAUCGCUGAGGGCUUUGCUUUCCUCAGCGCCAUGCCGACGUUCGUCAAAUCGCUUGUACACAGAUUAGUAGCUACAGCUGGCACCAUUUUCACGUUCUUUGUCCUCUUCAAGCUCAACAUGAGACUCGCUCUAUAUACUGUUGGCGCAUGCAGUUGGGCUUUCCUCUUCUACAUGAGCGGUGCCUUACACUGGCUUGCAUCACCGUCAUCACACAUGCACAAUACAGAAGCUUUCAAUCCGCUCGCCAUUCUCGACAACGUGUCAUCGUGGCAAAAGGUCAAGGGCAUGCUACUCCUAUUGUGGUUGAGCGCAUAUCCCAUUUGCCGGCUCAACAUAUAUCUUGGCGGCUUUGUUACCAUGGUGCUCCGACAGCUUGCAGGAAUAAUCUGGUUGGACGGGUACAGCAAUGAGGGCGGGACUGGGUAUCUCCCGAGCAUCGAAAUCCCAGCGCCUGUGGAAAACGUUCCGCGCAAAGGCAAUUUCCCAGGCACCCGGCAGCUUAACUGGCCGGACUAG